AUGCUCUAUGUUUCUGAGACAUGGCAGCCUGCCGAUGGGGCCGUUGGGGCCGUUGGGGCUGUUGUGGCUUUUGGUGCCGUCUUGGCCGUCUUCGCGGUCAUGGCCGUUGGGGCCAUCUUCGAUAUCUUUGCCGUCGGUGGGCUCCUUGAGCUCCCUUCGGCCGUGAACUCAAACGCGUUGCCAUGGUCCCUGCUGCGGCCGCUCUUGUUAUGA